AUAUUCGUUCUCGUCGAGAUAUAUAAACUCGCUUAUUAAAAGUCUGUACUAUCAUCGAUAACCUAAGUACACAUAAUCAAUGACGUGCGGAUAAUUGAUCUAUACGACAAGCACGGUGUGUAAAUACUUGUCUUGUUAAAUACGGAUAUCUCUUCUUUCAUUUUCGUUUUAGUUGUCAAAACAAACAAAACUUAAUAAACGAUCGAGCUUAUUUUUAGACUGAAGAUUAUAAUGGCAAAGUCAAAAGCUUUUCCAGAACAGAACGAGUUUGAGGCAAUCGGACUCACUUUACAUAAAGAAGUAGCUAUGGGUUCUCCUACGCAUGAAGAGUAUGGCUUGAAAUACAAAGAUGAAGUGUAUGUUAUGAAAUACAGAGAUAAGUACCCAAAAAGAGGAGCAGACUUACCAUUGGAUUUUGUUAAAUUUUUCAUUCCAUAUUCUACAUGGUUUGAAAAAAAGAAAAAAGGCAGAAAAGACGAUUGGUUGGCAAAGAACAAAGAACCAAGUCAAUCCUUUAUACAGUAUCUGCAGUGUGGUAUUGCAAUGCCAUUUGGAAGAUUUAGAACAAUAUAUAUUUUCCCCAUAUCCUUUGCUGAAGAACAUGUGCCUAAGGAAAUUCUAAGCUCUAUAAAAACAUUUGCAGAAAUUUUCUUUCAACUUCCAGUAAAGACUAUGAAAAGAAAGAAUUUAAGUGCUAAAGUUACUAAUAGGAUAGAUGAAGUAUAUCAGGCAGAUGCUCAUAGUAUUGUUGAGGUUAUGAACCCAUUAGUACCUAGUGAUGCAUUCUGUGCAAUAGGAAUUACAAUGUGUGAUUUAUAUCAUGAAACAUCAUCAAAUCUUUUUGGACAUGCAGUUCUAUCAGGAAAAUGUGGCGUGUGUUCAAUAGCUCGUUAUCUUAGUAAUUUUGGAAAGACUGAGACUUCAGUUUAUGAAAAAGAAAGUGAAGACGAUGGAAAAUCUCUGAUAAUUAAAAGAAUCUGUAAGACAAUGUGCCAUGAGAUUGGUCACAUGUUUGGAUUAAGGCAUUGUGUAUUCUACGAGUGUUUGAUGAAUGGAUCAAACAGUUUGGAGGAAGCUGAUAGACAUCCAUUAUUCCUUUGUCCUGUUUGUCUUAGAAAACUGCAGUUUGCAUGCAAAUUUAAUAUUGAAGAACGAUAUAAACAGAUGGUGCCAUUUUGUUUGUCACAUGACAUGGCAAGUGAAGCUCAUUGGUUACAGACUAGACUGGAAACAUGGGAGAAAUAAUGAAAUUACUGGUUUCAAAAUAUUUUUUUUGAAUCAUAAACUGUCGACACAGAGAUAUGUGUUGCAUUUUGCAAUUUAGAUAGUAUAACGCAAAUGAUGAAAUUAAAAUGGCAAUAAUUAAAC